AUGAACCCUGCAAAAAUUGUGUUCUUGAUUUCUUUCGCUGCCAUUGCGGUUAACGCUGGAGCGACUGGCAAGCAUUCGAUACCCAAUACCUUCCCAGACCUCGCCUCUUGUCUUUCUCAGCCUUCAUUUUUCUCGUGCGAAAACACCACCGUCAUCCAGAACGCUUGCUGCUCCCCAACCCCGGGAGGUCUUGUCCUCCAAACGCAGUUCUGGGACACAUAUACGGGCUUUGAGAAGCAAGGACAGAAAUUGCCGAAGAAUAGUUGGACUAUUCAUGGACUUUGGCCAGACAAUUGCGAUGGAUCCUACGAGUCGUACUGUGACCUAUCGCGUCAGUAUGACCCCAAGCCGUCCCCGGCACAGCUCCCCGAUGGGACUGUCGUUCCACCGUAUACUGGCCCAGGAAUAGACACCUUCAUCAAGGAGUUUGGGAGGGAAGAUCUCCUCGAAUACAUGAACCACUAUUGGGUCAGCCAGGGCUCGCCAAACGCCGAUUUCUGGGGACAUGAAUUCUCGAAACAUGCGACGUGCACAUCGACUUUCGAUGUUGCCUGCUAUGGACCCGGAUACCGAAAGAACCAGGACGUCGUCAAUUACUUCGAUGCUGUGAUCAGGGCCUUCCGCCAAUACCCAACCUUCGACAUGCUGGCCGCUGCGGGGAUCGUCCCCUCCAACACGACGACUUACACCCUCACCCAGUUCCGGACCGCCAUCGAAUCCCAGACUGGAGGUAUUCCGUACUUUGGCUGCUCAAACAAUGGAACUGUCCUCACAGAGGUGUGGUAUUUCAGUCACGUAUUUGGCACGGAACAAUAUGGCACGUACAAGACUGUUGACUCCACUACGAAGUCUAGUUGCUCUUCUACAGGCGCCAUUAGAUACUUGGAGCGUACUCCUUCGUCUGAACGCGAAGUUAGGAAGUAG